CGCCAGUGCCGGCGCGGCCCCGGGCUCGAGGCGCCGGAGAAGCAGGAGAGGAGCGGCGGCCGGUCCCGGUGCCCCGCGGCAGGAGCAGGCGGAGCCAGGCUGCCCGGACAUAAGGGACAUUGUUGCUUGAUAGAAUGGAUGAACAAUCGCAAGGAAUGCAGGGGCCUACUGCUCCACCAUUUCAGCCACAGAAAGCCUUACGACCUGACAUGGGCUACAAUACGCUUGCCAAUUUUCGAAUAGAGAAGAAGAUUGGCCGUGGGCAGUUCAGUGAAGUUUACAGAGCUACCUGCCUGCUGGAUGGGGUACCAGUGGCUCUGAAGAAGGUUCAGAUAUUUGAUUUAAUGGAUGCCAAAGCCCGUGCUGACUGCAUCAAAGAAAUAGAUCUUCUUAAGCAACUGAAUCAUCCAAAUGUAAUCAAAUACUAUGCCUCAUUCAUUGAAGACAAUGAACUGAACAUAGUGUUGGAAUUAGCAGAUGCUGGAGAUCUUUCUAGAAUGAUAAAGCAUUUUAAGAAACAGAAGAGAUUGAUUCCUGAAAGAACAGUUUGGAAGUACUUUGUUCAGCUUUGCAGUGCCUUGGAACAUAUGCAUUCUCGACGUGUUAUGCAUAGAGACAUAAAGCCAGCAAAUGUGUUCAUUACAGCUACAGGAGUAGUAAAGCUGGGAGAUCUUGGCCUCGGUCGAUUUUUCAGCUCCAAAACCACAGCUGCACAUUCUCUAGUUGGUACACCUUAUUAUAUGUCUCCAGAGAGAAUACAUGAAAAUGGUUACAACUUCAAGUCUGACAUCUGGUCUCUAGGCUGUCUGCUGUAUGAGAUGGCUGCACUGCAGAGUCCCUUUUAUGGUGAUAAAAUGAACUUGUACUCUCUAUGCAAGAAGAUAGAACAGUGUGACUACCCACCUCUCCCUUCAGAUCACUAUUCAGAGGAACUGCGACAAUUAGUUAAUAUGUGCAUCAACCCGGAUCCGGAGAAGCGCCCCGACAUCACCUACGUGUACGAUGUAGCGAAACGCAUGCACGCGCACACCGCCAGCAGCUGAGCACAGAGAGCCCCAGCACGGAGCACCAGCAGCCAGGGGUCUGCAGAAAUCAUCCACCCCUCCGUGUGUUACACUCGUGUAAUUAUUUGAAGCUUACUGUUGUGCUUUGAAUUGUAAACCAAUUUAUAUACAAGCUUUGUUGUUUUCUGUUUCUCUGGAUUUUGUAUUUUUUACUAACUCGCAGCUGUACAACAGGUUUAAAUAUGUAAAGCGUGAUUUUAAGAUGCCGUGAAACCACUGUUUCCAUGUUAGUGGGUUCAAGUAUACUUUCUGUAAUAACAAAAUUGUAUUCGGUUGGGCCUCAGUUCUAAAACACAGUUGCACUUUUGCACAUGAUACAGAUAUUAGGCUUAUUAUCAAGAAGCAAAAUGUCUGAAUCUUUCAUCUUUUUAAUAAUUUAUGGAAAGUAUGAAUCAGCACAGUUAACUUUAUUUUAAUCUUUUUGUUCUGAGAGGAAUAUAAUUAUUACAGGAGUUUAUUGUAUUUUAUAUUGAGUUGUAGUUUGCAGUUCUUACUCUAAGAGUAGACAAGGAAUAGAAUUAGUUCUCUGCUUGCCAAAUGCAACGGAAAAAUAAUUUCAGGAAAAAUUGUCAUGGUAAAAUUUUGUAACGUCCCCUUUGGUUUUGUUAGUCUCUCAUAAUACACAAAACAUUUGUCGGAGGUUUUCUGGGAAAAUUUAAGGUGUUGAUUCAGCAGUCGGGUCCUUCUCAAUAGACUUGUGCAGCACUGCCCUGGGGCAAUGGGACUCUGCAUAGUUCACUCUUAAAAACAUGCAGAUGCUUCUUGUAGCCAAUAGGGUUCUUUUGUGGCUGUCCUUUGAGCAGGUCUGAUUAAAAGAUGUGAUCUUUAAGUUACAACUUCCCAACUGUUUGUGUAUAUGUCACUGUAGAUUUUUGUGUUUAAAAUAAUUUGAAUGACCUUACAGUAUAUUUAAAUUUUAAUUUUUUUUCUAAAUACUGAAAUAUUUUAGCAAAGAUAUAAUAGUCUAGGAUAACACAAAAUGUAUUCUGCUUAAAUAUAUGAUCUUUAUAUACUGUAUCCUGAGACUUAGUUUUAUAUUUAGCAGAAGUAAAUUACAGCUUUUAUAUUUAAAAGAAAGUUGCCACGCCUUAAUUUGGGAAAUAAUUAUAUAUGCAAACUCUCUUACAGAUACUUUAUUAGUUUAAAAGGAAAUGCUCAAUACUUUUGUUAGACAUUAGUGCCUUUUGUGGUGUGCUUAUAUAAUAUUUUUGUUGUUAAGGAAGUGAUGUGUCUUGUUUUUAAAUGUGGUAAAAAUGGAGAGUUUCAAGACUGAACUUUUUUUACAGAACUGUCAAAAGAUAAUUAGUAUCAGUGAUAGCAGCUAAGGAGCUGUUACUGUCAGUUAAGUCUUUUUCUUUAUGUGGAUAAAAAGUUAGUUCAAAUAAAAGCAGCAGCAUGUACAUACACAUAUAGGUUCUAGAUGCAGUCACAUCCCUGUAUGCUCAGAUUCUUUUUUGCUUGUUUGUUUCUCUGUGCAGCUGUAAUUUUUAUUUGAUAUAAUGUUCAAAGAAUAAAAAACUGUUUGUGGAGUUUGUGUUCACGGGAGGGUCAGGGUUGUUUUUAGUUUUGUAUUUUUUAAAAUUACAAAUACUAUGAAAAUUGUGUUUGAAAAAAAGGAGUUUUUGGAUGGUAUGUGCCAGAUCAUCAGCUUAUCUUAAUACAGACUUUAUUUAUAUUUUUGCUUCCAGGUUUUGUAGGACAAAUCUAUUGUUUUAUUUUAUCUCUAGUUUUAUUUCUCACUUCUGUGUGCACUCAACCUUAUAGAACUUCAGUGGAACAGUUUGUUGGAAAGAAGCAUUUGAGAAAUUUUUCGUUUGUGUUCAGCAGCCUCUAGAUUUGUUUUCACUUAUUAAAUGGUUAUAUAAUUUAAAACACAAUUGUUAUAUUCUGUAACAGUAUUUCACAUGUCAUAGAAUGAAAUGCUUUAUAUUGAAAAGGCAGCACAAUAUUUGCUUGACUGCCAGAAUUAGUUCUUAAUAUGCACAAGUACUCAAAUUUUUUUUUCUGAAACGUACUAGAACAUUUAAAAAUCACCAAAAAAACCCAAAUACAAUACAGGCUGUUUGCAUCUAAUAUUAUGCCUAAAGUAUUGAACUUUUUCUGCCAGAAACUGCUGAUAGAUGUCCCUCCCCUGGAAGGGUGUGUUGAGUAAAAGAAUCAUGAACUAAGAGUUAGCAAAUGUGCGUACUUGAGCAUUUGAAUUUUUUAGCAAUGUGGGGGUUUUAGUAUUUAUGAUAAAAUACUGUGCUGAGGAAAAGAAAUAGUUGUUCCUGACUUAAAAUCUGUGAAAUGAAUGAUGCAGUUGACUGUAAUUAAAAAGCCAAUGUGGGUUAAUAGAACUGCUCACAUAAGUGGAUAUUGUAGAAUCUCUCCCUAAAGUAAAGUAAUAUAUGAAAAUGGUAAGUCUUGUUAUAACACUCCAGUGUAUGCUCUGUGCUUAUAAACUAUUUUCUUUUGUAAACCACCAUCCUAUUUUUCAUAUGUUGAUAACAUUUGGCACUAUUUAUUUUGAGCUAUGGCAUUAUGUGUUUAUUUUCUUUAAAGAAAACAUGUAACAUUUCUACCCAAAAUGUCUGACUAGCUCCUCCUUUUAUUUCAGUAGUGCUUCAGUAUUAACUUGUGUCAAGAGUGAACUUUGUGCUUUGAAUGACAUUGCAUAAAAUCCCUUUGUCUCAAAAGCUCCCCUGCUUGUGCAGUAGUCAGAUAGAAAUAAAACAUACAGAUAUUCAAUGUCAUGUAAAAAUUA